AUGACGACAGCGGGGGCACCUUUCACCCCUGCCCUCACCCCUCAUUCACUCCCCCCAUCCUCUCCCUUGCCCUGUCGCCCUGUGCCUUGCCUUCUUGCUCCACCCCUCGCCCGCCGUCUCGCCCUCUUCCCUUGCCUUCUUGCCCUUGCCCUUGCCCUUGCCCUUGCCCUCUGCCUUUGCCCUCUGCCUUGCCCCCAUCCUCUGCCUCGCUUGCCCUCACCCUCUUGCCCCUCAUCUGCCCUCUGCCUCGCCCCUUGUCUGCCCUCUGCCUCGGCCCUGUCCUCUGCCUCACCCUCUCGCUGUCUGCCCAACCGUCUCGCCCUUGUCAUCACCAUCUCACCCCUCACCCUUUCGCCCCUCGCCCUCUCGCCCACCUCGCCUUCACCCUCUCACCCACCUCGCCUUCGCCCUCGCCCUCUCACCCUCUUGCCCUCUUGCCCUUGCCCUCUUGCCCUCUUGCCCUUGCCCUUUGCCAUUGCCCUUUGCCAUUGCCGUUCGCCGUUCGCCCUUCACCCCCGCUGUUCGCCUCCUGCUCAGCACCCACCACUAGCAGCCCAAGCAGAAGGGGAGCACGAGCACCCGAAGAACCCCCACGAGCACCCAAAGAGGCCCAACGAGUACCCGAAGGGGCAGAGGGGGCAGAGAGCAUGGGUGGAGAGCGCGGAGGGGGUGGAAGUGGCCCCAUGA